AUGGCUACCGAUCACGGCCGGCCAAUUGUCCCGCCAAGGGUCCUGAAAACUGACUAUCCCGUAAUUGAUACGGAUCCGUACGCUCGUCCCAAUUCCGAGACCAAUUCUCGAUAUGCUCUAUUUCUAACGUUAAUCGCAGUCAUGCCGUCCGAUUAUGCCGUUGGGGCUGGCGUUGCUGCAAUAUCACCGGCUCUCUUUUGGAUGAUGGAACGAAUGCAUCCGGCGGGUGCUAGGCCGGGAACCUUUGGCAAAGCUAUGCGAUUGGCAACGGCAAUUGGCAUGUUCGGUGGCCUACUCACCGUAUACAAUACAUCAUGUAAACGUUUCUACGGCUUUACGGAAAAUAAACGGGAGGUCGACAUGGACAUGCGUGAGAUGGUUGCCAAGGUUAAGAAAGGGGAGCCUUUAUACGGAGUCUCGUCGCUCUCUCCUUAUAUGCAAGGGGUUGCAGCUCGGAAUUCGCGAUAUUCCUCUCUAUUCAUCCAUGUCAUUCCUUGGUUCAAUUUUGUGAAUCACGACCAGCACGGCGUGGACACCGCGAAGUACUAUCAACAAGCUGAGCGAGAGCUAGAAGCAGAACGUCAAAAAGCAGCGUCCUCGUCAUAA